AUGGCGCAUCCUGUUCCGGCUGGACCAAACAACGCAGCAUUUGAAUCUUGCAAUACAUCCUCGUAUCAUAUCUUACAUGUUAUGCUGCGAGAACGAAUGAAACAAGUGGAACUCCUGAUCCUAGGCGCUGGCUGGACGUCCAACUUCCUAGUCCCGCAACUGGAAGAGGCCAACAUACCAUACGCUGCAACUACGACUACGGGAAGAGAUGGCACAAUACCUUUCAAGUUUGACCCAGAGUCAGGAGAUUCGGAGCCUUAUAAACGCCUGCCCGCUGCCGAGACGGUGCUCAUCACCUUUCCUUUGGUGGGCCACAACCAGUCGAAGGCUCUAGUCGGAUUGUAUCGCUCCUUACACGGAGCGAAGAACAACUGGAUCCAGCUGGGCUCGACUGGUAUUUUUAACCAGCUUCCCAAUGAGUGGAGCACUUCUGACUCCCACUAUGACAAGCACAAUAAGCGAGCCAUCGCAGAAGACGAGCUACUCUCACUACACGGCUGCGUGUUGAACCUCUCUGGACUUUAUGGUGGCGAGCGCGUCCCUUCAAGGUGGCUCUCUCGUAUUGUCAAGUCAAAAGAGGAUAUACAAAAGCGUGGGGCAGUACAUUUCGUCCACGGCGAUGACGUCGCGCGUGCCAUCAUCGCUACUCAUCGGAAUUUUACUCCGGGAAAACGCUGGAUUGUAUCAGAUCUACGUGUCUACGAUUGGUGGGAUCUCAUCAUGAGUUUCAGUGCCACAGUCAGUUUGUCUGCCGGAGAAGAGCAGCAGCUCGCUCAAAAAUGUGCUGGGUGGGUUGGCGAGCUCAUGGCGGAGGAAAACGUUCGCGCUCUGCCCCGCGACACGAGUACUUUGGGUCUGAAGUUAGACUCUAGAGAAUUUUGGCAGCAUCACGCGAUGUGGCCUCAGCAUAAACGAUUAUCCUGA